CAAAUGUUAACAUAUCUCUUUCAAAUAUCCAAACAGACAUUCACUUCGUUAUGUUAUUCUGGUAUUUGUUAGCCCAUAGUUCAAAUAAUGUUUUAAAAAAUCUCAAGUUUUAAAUCUUUAAAUCUAUAAAAGUGCUUAGUGCAAGAACAUCAAAGGGCUAAAAAUACUGUAACUUGAUAUACCUGCUGGAUAUCAAUAACUGAAAGAAGGAGUUUUUGCAUCAAGAGCCAACACAACAAUGGAGAAACAUAUCAGAAAAUUGAUAGUGAUUAUGAUAAAUGAAAAAAAUAAAUGAAAAAUAUUAAUUAGUACUUAAUUCUGACAGUGACUCAAUUAUCAAACUAAACUAAAUAAGAGUAUUAUCAAUGCAGAACUCCAAGAUUAUAAGUACCACUUUUAAUGAAUUACAAAUAUAAGUGAUCAAUACUUGAUGUGUAUAAUGCCAAAGCUGUCAUUACAUAGGAUAGUACCAGUAUAAAUGUUAAACUGAAUACAAGUGGAACUAAGUUCAUAUACUGUAGUAGUAUCAUUCCUCUCAAGUAUAGUAUUGUAAAUAAGUUGCAUGGGGUAUACUACACUAAGCUGAUCAACUACAAAGGAACGGACAUCAUGUCACAAUUUAAGCCAGUUGAUCAGAUGGCGUUAGAUAAUCACGGAUCAUAUUUUAAACCAAUAGCUCAAGCAACAGAAAUUAGGGAUAAAGUCCAAUCCAAUCCUCCAUAUACAGAUAUUAAUGAACAUCCAUCCUGGGAUUAUUCAAAGCAGGGUUUUAUUACCUACAAACAGAUGUCAAAUUCACAACCGGUUGCUGGCAUCCCUGGGCAUAAGGAAUACAAAGUGAGUGAAAGGAUACAUACACAAGAUAAAGGUAUGAUUCAAAAGGACAAUAUGUCUCAUAAUGACUUGAAUCACCAGAAUAGUUCUGAACAAGAAAGGAUGACUGUGUUUCCUAACAAAACUUAUACCCAUAUGGUUCCACAUGGGAAAGAAGCUGAGGAAAUGUACUUUAAACGAAUGACUGCAGACUUGGUAAAACCAGCUGGAGAUCAGGCUUAUGAAUCAAAGAUGUAUCAGUACAAUCCAAACAAAUACAACCAAAUGCAAGACAAUCCACAAUGGAACAAUCUCUCUCGGCACAAUCCACAAAAACACAAUUUGCAACAACAGAAUCACCACCAAAUCAGUUCUAAAAGAGAUAAUCUACCACAUAGUGAGAUAAUGUACUAUGCUCUGCCAUAUACACUAAGACAUAUCCAGAAUGACACUGACCCUCUGUAUCACGGUCCAGCUGGUAAAACUGGAGAUCCAGCCACCAGAAAUAAGAGUCCUACAUUUUCUGAUUCCAACAGUCAAGGAAUUACACAAACUAUGAACCAAAUGAUUACACAUGACCCUUACCAAAAUGUAGCUUCAACACAACUUGACUCUACAUUAAAUGAAGUAAAGCCUGCUAUCGAAACAGACUUGACAAAGAAGAGUGGGGUCACCAAAGAAAUAAAGGAUCAUCCAACUGGAAAUGCAAAUUCAAUUAAUCCACAAUUGAGACCAAAUGGAAUGAAUCUACAACUAAGUGGAAAUGGCUUACCGUUAAAAUCAAAUUCAAAUGGAAUAAAGCCCGAAUCAGGUGUAAAUGAGAUAAAACCUCAGCCAGGCUCAAAUGCAAUAAAGCCACAACCAUGUGCAAAUGGGUUAAAACCUACAACUGCAAAUGCAAUCGAUGGCAAGAUGAUGAUCAGCAAGAGAAAAUCUCAAAUGGAUAUCUCAACAAUAAAAUAUGCUCACAUUAGUAAUGAAUGUGUUCGUUUGACUGACUUACUGCAGGACAUGGAUGGUGAGACAUUGAAACAAACAUUGCUAAAGUGCCUAUAUGACGGGGACAGAAAAUGUGUUAUAGCACUUGGUGUAUUAUUCCCACGUCAUGCCUCUGUACCUCCCCAGCAUGGUCAUUGCGUUAGGUGUCAUCGUAAGUUUAAACUGAACGAGGAGACACAUUGUAUAAUACGACACCCCACAUCAAAGGUAGAGAUACGUACCCAGGACAAGGAAGGGACAAACUUCAGAUGUAAAGCAUGUGGAGCAGACUUCAGACUUCAUAAAAUGGCAUUUUAUGAUGAGACAAUCAAUUCAUACAUGGCAGGGUUUUGUUUCAAUGGAAAACAUACAGUAAAUCCAAUGGAAGUGAGGUAUUCAAGUAAUAGUGCUAUAGCUACAUGUGAGGAAAAUGGAUGCAUACAAUCAAUAGUCUAAAUCAUACUCCUUUAACUUUUUACAAAUAAUUUUGUUCCAGAUUGAAGAAUUAAAGGCAGAAUUAGAACAACCAUUCCAAAAAAUUGUUUUGAUUUUCCAAGAUGAACCUAUCUCUAUGUUAAAAAAAUGAACCUCUAAGAGUUCUAUGAAAAAUUAACUACUAGUAUCAUUGUAUGAUAUGUUCUUUAGUGAAUUCUAGAAUAUUCCCCGCUCGCUCUCAUUCCUUUUCAAGUCUUUAAUGCAAAAUUCGAACAUGACUGUAUUCACGCCUUCUAAUAAACUCUGAACAAAGUCAACAUUUCACACGGGGUAUAUUCACAAACAAAACCCCUGGUAAUACGUGUAAUGUGUGACGUCAUAACGGCCUCAGACCUCAGAGCAGGGGUAAUAUUGUUGAAUACACCCCUUGGGGCUAGGCACAAAAGCUUUCGAACCCCUCACUCCCUUCGGUCAUUUGGAGUACAGAAAACGUUUGUGCCUAGCCCUGCGGGGUGUAUUCGACAAUAUUACCCCUGCUCUUCAGUCUAUAUUUUUCUUAAAUCAAACUUACUUCAAGAAAAAGUAAUUGUUUACAUUUAUGUUCAAUUUCUAUGAAUUUAUUUUUCCAAAUCUUACUAGUAAUUUUAAGUAACUUAACAAUUUGAUGAGAUAUCAAUGAUAUUUUGGGAUCCAUUUAUGGUGGUAAGGAAUACAUUUGGUAGGGCAAUUAUAAAUGCUAUUGCAAUUUACCACAACCGUAUCUCUUAUUCUGCCUUCAACAUACAUAAAAUCAGCAUACUUUAGAAACUAUCUGAAUGACUUGAAAUUAUUUUGCUGGGAUCAAGACAUUGAGGACUAGAUAUUCUUUAAUCAGAUCAAAACACCAAGUUUGAAAAAUGUAGACAUAAUUUUAGGCAGGACAAUGCCUAGAUAUGUCCUUAUAAAAGUGAUGCUUUUUUAAUAGAAUACUUCUUGCAAAUCCAAUUUUGAAUUUUGGAUAAGAAGUAGCCUUUCAGAGAUAUUUUGAUGGAAUACUGAAUUUCAAAAUUUUCUCUCAUGUCUUAUAUGGAAAACAAGGCAUACGUGAUUUGAUAUCAAAUUCAUUUCUAUACCUAUCUCUUAUUCUAACCAAUCACAGCUGUAUGAUGGGAGGCUCACAUAGACUAAGCUGCAUUUCAGCAUUGUCUCUGGUUUAUUAGCACACAAAUGGAAACAAAUCAUAUUCAAUUAUAUUUUACAUGUCUUUAUUACAUGUUUAAUACUAGUAUGUACAAUUUCAGUAUUUUUCAUUCAUGUCUUUUUUAUAAAAUAUACAGAGAAAAUAUAUCAGAAAAUGAACUUCCUAUCAGAUUUGAAUCAUGAUUUUUUGGCAAUGUACACUGUAGUAUUUACAAUCGCAAAAAAAUAAUAAAUAUAUACAAACAAAUACAAAUGCUUUACAAUGUUUGCAGUAGAAUUAGUAACUUGAUUCAAAUGUAGCAUUUCUUUCACAAAGCUGUGUUACCUAGCUGGGAAGCUAUUCAAUACAAGAUAUGUGUUCAAAAUAUCAUAAUAAAAAUAUCAACACACCUUUCCAUUCAUUAAGAAAAAUAUCUGUUAUCAACUGCAACAUUGUCACUGCAUAAUGGGUUUGUUCUAUUUACAUUAGUAAGAAAAAAGUUCUGAUGAAACUAACGAACAUGGACAUUAAGCACUGAAAUCCUGAUUUCCAUUUUUGGUACUCUUUGUACCACAUAUUUUAUACGAUGUCUUGAUCAAUGUUCCUACAUUAACAUACAUGUUAUAUGUUGAAUACCCGCACAGUCAAUUUCCACAAUGUCACUCUCUUUGUUUAUCGGUCAUCCUCCAAGACAUAAUUUGGAUGUACAACAAGUAUUGGGUCGACCUCAUCAAUGAUAUCUCCCUCGUCAUGCUUGCUGCGACCUUUCAGACCUGUUUGCUUCAACUCUAUUAUAACGUUGUCCUGGAAUAAAGUAAAUGGUAAAAUUAACAAGGCAUUAUAUGCAAAAUGUCACCACCUGCCAUAUGUUACAGACACUGACCACCAUCCACAAUCCGCUGCAUGCCAAACACUGUCCACAAAACUUGAGGUGGUGACCAAGGAGGAUUGGCUCCCGGGAUCGAAACUCGAUAUUUUCCAACAAUUAAAAUGUUGAAAUGUCAUUAUUUUCUGAAAUUAUAACCGACUAUAAAUUCAAAAUAAAUAGUUCAAAAGAUUCUCACCAAUAUCUCGAUCACUUCUUGUGAGUUUUGGAAUUUUUCAUUAGGAAAUAAUAACAAAAUUCACGAUUCAAAUGUUGAAGUGAACAAAAUGGCGGUGGUUUCAAUUCGAAUUUUGUAUCACGACAUGGGACAGGAUAUCGAUGUAGCACUAUGGGAGCCAAUCCUCCUUGGGUGGUGACAUAAAAAUCAAUUCUCCGAAUAGAACUUACAGUGAACAGAAGUUUGCAAGACAGUAUUUUCUUGAUGUCAUUUAAUUGGGAUUUCAAUGUUCAUGAAUCAAAUUGCAAUCAUUUUAUCAAAACAUCCUCAUGCUCAUUGCUCAUGGACAUUCUUAUUUCAUUUAAAAGAUUUAAUAUUUUAUCACAUAUAUUUGCAUUUUAUAAAUAGUUUAAACUUUGAAAUCUCCCAAAUUUGAUCAGUUUUUCAGAAAAAAGUAAAAAGCCUGAAGAGGUCUAUUAACUCACAGCAUUAAUAAGUCUAUAUAUAACUUUUUCCACCAGAGUUUUCUUCUCAAUAAGUUCAUCUUCAGAAUCGAUGGUCCCUGAUAUUUCAGUGAGGUACCAGUUGACAAGAUCACUGCGCUUCAUACCAGAGUCAUCAGAAUCUACAAGCAAACAAUAAUUCACAAUACAUAGUCAGAAAGUUCCUCAGUUAUAACACA